UAUACCGUGGUGCCCCGAAUCCUCCGUCGUCUUUGUUUCUAGGUGGUCUCCGGGUCAAAGGCUUGCCAUUGUCUUUAGUACCUAAGCUACCUACAGAUCUAACCUACAAUGCCUACGAAGUAACUUAUCUUGUAAAGUACUUGGCGUACGCCAUCUCAUCUAAGAUCUUGAUUCCUUUCAAACCACCCCACCUGGGGUAUUUCUCGAUCAAUCGCCCACUUUGGACCCAUUCACCAUGUCCAGCCAGAGGAUCAUCACUUGCCAGAGUACGCAAGCCCACUUUGUCAAUCUUUCUCGCCAUUCCUCGCUUGAAUCAUUGCGCCGCUGAACCGCUCCAGGUCGACAUCGCUCUCUCCAAGUAUGUACGGCUGUCGUUCCUCUCCGUUCCUCCAGAUCCUUCAACCACCGACAUUAGGGUGACGUGUCACUACCUCGCUCGACCAUUGGGCACUGCCGAUCAAGAUCAAACACACACAAUUCAACGGUCACCCUUGGGUGUGUAUAAGAUUAGGGAACCACUUCUUUCGUCCUGCGCCCUGCGCCCAUCUUUGAGACCCAUCCCUUGACCCCUUCGGCUGCCUGUUCAAUUCCUACUUCCAACCCAGUUGAACCGCCUCAGGGCAGUGUCCUCCAUAAACACCCAAGUUCGGAAAGCCUUACGAUCAUGGCCGCUGCAGCAGCUACAAGCACUGCCGACAACCAGACCACGGACCAUCCCCUUCCACUUCGAGCCGCAGGACGAGCCCAACCUUUGGUCAAGUCGACCACUUAUUCCCUCACCCCAUUCUCUCCUUCAGUACUCUCACAUCUAAAUCGAGCCUACCGAUCUCUACAGCCCACCAACCAGUCUCAAAAUGGCCACCAAUUCCCCACUGAGAGUUCUUUCCUCUCAUACAUGGCCACCCCCGAUUCCUCUGCCAUGUCUGCAUGGGUCUCUGAGGACUUGACCUAUCCCAUACCGUCCUACUAUAUUAGCUCUAGCCACAACACCUAUCUGUCCGGCCACCAACUUUACGGAGAAGCGAGCGGGGAUGCCUACACAAACGUCCUCAAUCGUGGAUGCCGCUGUCUCGAGAUUGAUGUCUGGGACGGUGAUAGUAGCGACUCUGAGACCAGUGAUUCUGAUCAAGAGGGCUACCCCGGAAACCAACCAAGGAGUGGUGGGCGAGAACGCUCUAGCUCAAAGGCUUCUCGAUGGACCAGAGUUAGGGCUAAAGCCUCUCGGAUGCGCUCACGGUCACGUAGCCAGUCUGGGGCUUUGCAUAGCCAUGACCACGCACCCGCCGAACCCAGGGGUGAUGCCCCAGUGCCCGAACAUCCUCAACCCCCAACCACGCGACCUCGUAAAUCCACUUCUGAGGGAUCUGCCUUGAAUCCUGCGUAUCUCUCGCCCCAGCAAUCACCAGCACUUCCUAUCAAGCCCGAACCGCGUGUCUACCAUGGCUACACACUCACCCAGCCAGUCACUUUCCGCUCCGUCUGUCAUGCCAUUCGAGCUUCUGCCUUUGUGAGCACCGAUCUGCCCUUGAUCGUGUCACUCGAGGUACAUGCAUCCCUGUCUCAGCAAGAAGUCAUGGUUCAAAUCAUGAAAGAUAUCUGGGCAGGUCUCUUGGUCGACAUUGGCUGCGACUCUGAUAUCCCCAUCCUGCCCAGCCCCGACAAGUUGAGAUCCAAGAUUCUAAUCAAAGUCAAGUGGACUCCAAAUUCACAGACUGGGGAAUCUAACAAUCCCCUUGAGCAGAUCACAAGCAAUUCCACCGAAGGUACUGUCGAGGAUGACGGCGUCAUCUCUGCCUCAGAAAAGAAGGCAAAAAAGGUACUGGCUGCGCUUUCUGAGCUUGGAAUAUAUACUCGCGCCUAUACUUUCAAAAGCUUCUCCCAACCUGAAGCCGCCUUCCCAACCCACGUGUUUAGUUUGUCCGAGAACAAGAUGCAUACCAUUCACCCCGACCCGGCGAAUGGUCCUGCCUUGUUUAAACAUAACAAGAACUUUCUGAUGCGCGUCUUUCCCAAGGGAACUCGAAUUAGCAGUUCUAACGUGGAUCCAACAUUUCAUUGGAGACAGGGUGCUCAAAUGGUGGCCUUGAACUGGCAGAAGCUGGACAAGGGCAUGAUGCUCAACCAGGGCAUGUUCGCCGGCACCCAUGGCUGGGUCCUCAAGCCCGAUGGAUAUCGCACAGAGCGUCCCGACAAAUUACUCAUCGACAAAUCAGCGGGUGGCCCGGCUAAACGUACCUUGGAUCUCACCAUCAUCCUUCUGGCAGCACAGAACUUACCACUACCGGCAGACAAAGACGCUGCAUAUGGUUCGAAAAUCAAGCCUUACGUCAAGUUUCAACUGCAUGUCGACACUCACGGACCCCCUGGUCAAGGCGGCGCUCGAUAUGACGGCAAUACUUCCGGUGGGGACGAUCUUGACGAGAUAAAUUUCAAGCGCAGAUCUGCUUCGUAUAGAACACAACAUCCCGACUUUGCCGGCGAAGCUGUAAGCUGGCUUAAAGUUCCAGACCUCAUGGACGAAUUGAGCUUUCUCAGGUACGUGUGCUUUGUUUCAUUGGCCUCGAAUCGCCUUUCGGGUCUGCUUAUGAAUGGCGCCCCUCGCACUCAUGCAUCUGUACGCGUGACCGGUUUUCCAUAUGACCGCUUCGUUCUUACUACCUGGGGAGCCCAAGGCAUUCCAUCUUAUCAGACAGAACGUGAUUGGGCCUGCAGUGAUUGCCAUUCCUAGUGAAAUCGGCAAUCCAUGCCGACCGCAUUUGGUUCAUUGGCUGCACUGGUUCACGGCCCUAGCCAGAUCUUCGACCUGCCACCUGGUUCGAUGCUCACCAGCGGCACAAUUCUUCCAGAGAAUCUCACGGAAUGUCAGAGACAUGUCGACAUUUCUCCCACUGCCGCAUGUGAUUCCGAGACUUGAUAACGAUAUGUCACUCGAUGAGCCGUGUGAACGCCGUCGCGUGCGACAAUUGGUCGCUUCGGAAAUAGUACACCAUCUCGUUACACAACGUCCUGGCCCUCCUUCUUUCGCCUCUGGAUUCCUUCUGGAUUUGACAUUGUGACCAGUCAUGUCGUGCCUUGACCGAUGACUGACCUUUGACCCCUGCUAAUUGUUGCUAUUAGGUUGAAGAUCAAGGACGAUCGUUCCAUGGCCAAAAAUACCUUACUGGCAUGGGCCUGUAUUCGACUUGACCGCCUUCAGUCUGGUUACCGUUUUAUUCAUUUACUCGAUGCGACGGGCAUGCCAUCCCCCGGCGCCUUACUGGUCCACAUAUCAAAAGUGCUUUCUUGACCGAAAAGGAAACCCGCAAAACGACCGAAGUGGCCCACCUGAUCUCUCGACUAUAUCGCUCAUCUCGUCCAAUUGGCAUGUCUUGGACUGUCUUCAAACACGACUUCCAACCGAACCAUAGUGGAGAAAGCUAACCCUCACGAAUCAGAUUCCGCGAUCACUCUCAAAAACAUUUCCGGCAAUAAACUUGGUCCUAGCCAAGUCACCUUCGGAGAGUUCUUCGACUCUAAUUCGACCUAACCGCCCUUAGAGACACUGGGAAUCCCCUUGACGAAGCAUCAAUGUACAGCGACAUCGCCUGUCGAAGCUAGACAUUUACCUACCUUGUUUUCACUCUUACACCGGAAUUCCAACAUUUCCAAUCGCCACAGCUGACUGUGAGGUAAAGAGUCGCCGUCAUCAGUGAUGCACCUUUCCAGGAACAUCAUUGAUUUAAGCCAAUAAACACCAUCACGAGCAGCCUCGCCUAAGCUGGUCCCACUAAUCAUCUCCGUCUGCACCGCGGUAAACUUCUGACUGUGCCAUCUUUCUCACUUCUAUCGUCCUGCUGCUUGCAAUACCCAGUAGAGGGCUGAAUUCGAUCUUGUUCUUACAGCGCCAUGAUCAAAAGUUGGGGAAGAUUUGCAAAUACGCACUGACAUUCCAGACUAAGGAGGACAAGAUACAGCACUAGUCGCACACAAGCCCUUGGUAAUGUCGAGUGUCACAAGACCAGCGGCUAUGCUAGAGAUCUGAUUUACCGCUCUGUCGGUUUAGAGCUAUCAGCGAUAUCCAUUGAUCACCGAACUCCCGGGAGUCGUACUCAAAAAGGAACUUUGCAUCAUUGACAUGACGCACCAUCUCUUUCAAACACGCUUGUAGCAAGGGCUGGAUCCAAGCCGCACAUCUCAUGAUUCGUGUUGAGCCUGCCUUGGAACAGUUGAUCGCUUAGACACCCCUCUCAUGAGGGAAGUGGCCAUGGAACAAACCAAAUACAUGCUGUAUAUCAGCGAGCUAUAAAGCAGAGUUGAUUCCUCUGCGUUUCACUUGCACCUUUCCACCAUCUCCAAACCUUGCUUUUCUCACUCAGACUUUACUUCGAUUCGAAAGGUCCACUUGAGAUUCACAAUGACCAUCCCUCGCCCACGUACUGACCCAAGAGAGGUCAAGCAGGAGCUGAUCGGAAGUAGUCUUCCAAAAUGCAAGCCUAGCACAGGAAUCCGUGAGCGACCGAUGAAUGGCGUGCGGUGCCCCAAAUGCAAGGCAAAGGGAAA